UUGUCGCUGUAUCGGCCGGCGAGUGCGCGUGAUGCUGACGAAGUACAAAGAGUGCAGGCAGUGAUCCGAUUCGCACAGUGUCGUGCCUCUUGCCUCGAUAAGCUUGGUCUGCAGAUGGAUAAAAACAACAUCGACUGCAUAGAUGACAAAGAGUGCAACAUGUGCUGGGACGUGUGCAGGUUCUUCAACGACGACUUCGAAGUAUGGAGACACAUGUGCGCGGUGGAGGAAUUGUGUUUUCCUGGCUGUCGACAGGCCUGCUCUUUCUGGUACAAGGCUUCACCGAAGCAACUAGGCAACCCACUGAUGAGCGUUUCUGACGUGUUCGCUGGUAUGUUCUUCGAGCCAGCACGGCUCGAGGGUCAUGGCCCUCAUAAUGUGCGUAUCACCUGGUCCCGGCCUGAGAGCACAAUGGACGACAACAUUGAGCGCGCACUGGUCUACGUGAUCUUUCUGAGGGGGCUCUUCGACGAUCAGCGCUGGGAGGACGUUGCACAGACACAGUACCUAAACGCAACUGUACGCCGCAGCCAACUCAAGCAGGCCUCGGAAGUGAAGGUCAUCGCGCUCUCGCCAUAUGGCGUCUUUGCUCACACUCAAGUGGGCUUAGACCUGGACUUGGCGGCUUAUGACUCUCUGCAGGCGGACGACUCCAUCACCAGUGCCCUUCCUAUCUUUCGCUGCUCCGAAUGUUGUCGAAAUCAAGCACUCUAGCGGAUACCGAGUCGAGGUCGACAUCGCAUGGGAAUUCGGACUCUCGCUACAAGCCAAGGACGUCAAGUAUGAGGUGCGACCAGGCUCCACUAAAUCCAGUUUCACAAG